GGUACAUAUUGUCCGCUCGUUUUCCAGAGAUCUUCCUCCUCCUGCAUGUCUUACAGUAUGCUAGGAGCCAGCUCUCUUCGCUUUGGCAUUUCGUCUUUUUCUUCCUCCUUCAGUCACUCUCCUUUUACAUCUUGAGUGACAGGUGAUAACGUGUUGAUGACAUUCUCGCUACUUCUUUUCUCUGUCUCUGUUUCCCGGCCUCCUCUGCGUUCUCGGCCUCCUCCUCCUUCGCCUCCUUCUCCUCGUCGUCGUCGUCAUUGUGGUCCUCGACUGUGUUUCUUUCAUGCAUCCAUCCUUCUUCACCAUCACUCCCCGCGCUUCAUUGCUCAAGUCACCGCCAGGGAGCAGCACUUCUCAACGGGUCGCAAACUUGUGAGCGCUGGAAGAACGAACAGUCCUCGAGCCCCGCAUGAAUCGCUAGCUCGUCGCUGUCUGGGCCACUAAUCGGAACGAGGAACCUCGACAAGGGGCACACUCGCGAGUGUCCAGCAUAACUUCUGUGGGAACUUUUUCAGAUCGUAAGCACGGUUCCAAGUGGCAGCAGUUUUGAUCAAAGUGGCGAGUGUGGCGUUGCUUACGCCUGGUUAUGACAUGGACAAAUUUGAUGAUGAUAAGUGCACAGGAGAGUAAGAUUUUUUGAACAUUCUACUUGAAAGGAAGAGGUCAAACAUGGUGAUACUUGAUAAGACUAGUGCUAACUUGCCAUCGUGUUCCACAAUGCUGUCGUCGUCUACUAAUGGAAAUCAGUAUCUCAACCCCGAUUUUCUGGGACCCCUCCCUUCGGAGACGGAUUCAAAGUCCAGUCCUUUGGCCAUGUUAGCCAAGACUUGUAGUCAAAUUGGUGCCGAUUCCAAUUUAGCCCCGACCUCCAAGUCUAGUCAAGGGGCACGCUCUAGUGAAAAGCUGGAUGUAGGGCAAGAGUCGCGGCUUAUGCCGAGUAAUUCACCCUUGCUUCAUGGUUCCAAAAGUGAAGAUGAAACUGACCAUCGGAGCCGAUCCAGUUCGACAGAAAUUAAAGUCAGUGAUAAUAACAAAGAUGUCUCCUCCAAUAAGCAAUCGCCGAUUCCUCGUGCGUUGUCCUCGGCGAGCUCAUCUUUGAGUCCAGCUUCCAAUUUUACCAGUAGAAGAGGCUCGGCCUCUCCUCAAACUCACCUUGACAUUGGUCGAAAAUCAAAAUCGCCCAAAAACAAAGACACGCCCGCCAAGGCAACCCUUACUAGUCCAACUGGGAAGUCCAUUUCUGAUAUUUUUGGGGCCUCUCGUGAUCAUCCGCUUCGCAAUCUGGGGAUCCCUGACGGCCAUGCACCAAUUCGUCCCAUGUUUCCCGGGACCACAUUUCCUCCUAAUUUGUUCACGGCCGCCUCAACGAACCCGUUCUUGGCUAGUUUCUUGGCCUCUUCUAUGGCCUCGGCUGUCAGCCCCACCUCAAGUGCAACCACAGUAACCUCCUCUUCAUCAAACAAUCAGUGCCGUGAUCCGUUGUGCCGGGACCCGUCCUGUGCCACGUUUAUUCGAAAUCAACAGCUAUUAGCCGCAGCCACGGGUGGCUUGCCCUCUCUCGGUGCUUAUUCGUCGCUGAUACAGCGAGAGGCCAUCCUAUCUGCCCAACGGAAUGCCGUCAUGGCUGCGGCGGCCGCGGCUUCUCCCCCGGGGGCAGCUGGGGGCCCCCUACCCUUUAUUUGCAAUUGGAUGGGAGGGAGUGAUUAUUGUGGGCGGCGUUUCGCCUCGAGUGAGGAACUUCUACUCCAUCUGAAGACACAUACCAAUCUCUCGGCCAAUAGUGAUCCGCGGCCUCUGCCCAUGCUUGGGCCCUUCCCUCAUUCCUCGCCCACCUCGCCUCGAUUCCACCCCUAUGCCCGCCCCUCAGGGAUGGCUCCAAUUCCAUCCCCUAGCCCCGGGUCCCUGGCUUCGUUGGGAUUGCCGCCAGGAUAUCUGAACCCCUACGCCUCGCUUUAUCCCGGCUUAUUUUCGUCGCGACCAUCCAUGUUGUAAAGGCCAACCUUGUCUAGAAACUUGUUAUGAAAUCAAUCCCUUCAUAUUUAUGCUCCAAUCAAAAAAUGCUUGAAAUGAAUUGACACAUGCUUUAGCUCAAUAAUAAAUGCACUUGCCCAAAUGCA